UAUGAUAUUGUGAUUGCAUGAAUGAACAAGAGCAGCAUUUACUUAACGUCUUAGCUUAGUAACGUUAGUUAUUCAUAAUGUAAUAUGUAGUUUGGUAAUCUUUUCUUUUUUGAUUUGUUCUUCUCUUUCUCUGCAGGUUCCUUAAUCCCUGUCCUUAAAAAAUAGCACCUGAUCUUCUUUACAUAGAAAAAAAGGCACUUUUAAGAGCCACAUUUGUCUUAUUUGUAUUGUUUAUUGUCUUAUUUGUAUUGUUUAUUGUCUUGUUAUUUCUUGUUAUUCUCUCUCGCUCUCUCUCUCUCUCUCUCUCUCCAUCCAUCCAUCCAUCUCUCACUCACUCCCUCUCUCUCUUUCUCUCGCUCUCUCUCUCCAUCCCCCUCUCUCUUUCUCCCUUACUAUCUGAGUGGUUGCUUUUAAGAGAAUGACAAAGCCAAAAUUCAGGCCUUGUCCUAUCUGCCAGGUUCUUCAGCAGGCCAACCGCAAAACCUGCAGUGCUUGUUUUGCAAAACUACCAAGCAAGCGGUUAUUAAAAACUGCAAAAAUUAAUGAUGACUGGGGCCAGAAGGUCAUCAAAAACAAAAAUGCAUGUAGGGUGGUGGCCUCUGCCCAAAUAGCUGUCCAAAAACUUUUUGCCUUGGGCUAUAUGCCCAUAUUAUUUAUCAGCCAGAGGCACAAGGGCACAGGCAAGUUGAUGGCAGAUGUAAUCACGCAUCUGCCACCAACGCAAAACAACACACGCUUUUUAACAAGCAUGAAGAAGGCAUAUGACUUCCUGAUCAAAAUGAAUUAUGUGCCUCAGCCCCAGCAAGACCAGCCCCUCCAGCAAGACCAGCCCCUCCAGCAAGACCAGCCCCAGCAAGACCAGCCCCAUCAAGACCAGUCCCAGCAAGACCAGCCCCUCCAGCAAGACCAGCCCCUCCAGCAAGACCAGCCCCAGCAAGACCAGCCCCUCCAGCAAGACCAGCCCCUCCAGCAAGACCAGCCCCAGCAAGACCAGUCCCAGCAAGACCAGUCCCAGCAAGACCAGCUCAUACUCCUAGAUCAGCUCCAGCAAGAUCAGCCCCUCCACAUUGACCAUCCCCAGCAAUACCAGCCCCUCCACAUAGACCAGCCCAAGCAAGACCCUCCCCUCCACCUAGUCCAGCCCCAGAAAGACCAGCCCCUGCCCCUAGACCAGCUAUUCCCACAAGACCAGCCUACCCCAGCAGACCAACAAAUAAUUACAAUCGAAUUAUUUACGGUCGACUCUCAGGCUCAGCAGUAUGUGGAGCCUCUACCACCCAGGAAAAGACAAACCCCACUAUCCACCCCGGGGCUACCAUCCACCCUAGGCCAAAACAGACGAGCCCCACCAUCCAUCCAACCUCAACUAAAGAAAAGACAAACCCCACUAUCCACCCCAGGCCUACCACCCACCCUAGGCCAAGACAGACGAGCCCCACUAUCUAUCCAACCUCAACUAAAGAAAAGACAAACCACAGGUACAGGAGCCACACAAGCCCCACCCUCUACCCUGGCCAAAAAGAAGAAAACAAAAAGUUGCAAAUGCAGUCGACAGACAAUUUAUCCGUAUGAUAAAAUAUUGGAAAGACGGAUGAAUGAGGGGAAGGCAGCAGAGGUCAAAGUACGCUGGCUACCUUGUUCUUCCUGUGGCAGAGUCUGGGAGGACACCUGGGAGCCGGCCAGCAAAUUCGCCUGAUGACCAAUACUGUUGUGCUAUUUGUUUUGUAUAUGUUUGUCGAUAAUUAAAUUCACAAUUUUU